AAACAAGUUCACUCUUGUCUUGUACUUAUCAGUUGGAGUGAAUCAGACACACACUCACAGUCGCACUCAGUCCAAAAACACACACAGUGACACACAUAUACACACACUGUAUAUGUCUACUUGGUCUGUACGCAUAUACAUACACUUUACCUCAACCUGUAGAUACAACAAUCACAGAAAGUGAAAGCUGAUGAUGAAAAAGUAGAGAAUAAAGAAAAGGAAGAAAAAAAGGUAAAGAUUUGUUUUAUGGACAUGGAAUGUCACAUCCUUAAAUAUUGUGGAGGAUACUAGCACGGCCUUAUCAUGGCAUCUGGUGGUCUAGGACAUGGAGGAGCUGGGAGUUCAAGAUCAGGUAAUGGUUACAAGAUCUCAUCCAGUUCAGUUGACUGGCUGGGAAGGGAGAUGCUUGAAAUGAGAUUAAGGGACCGAGUAGAGAGUGAUUCCGACAGAGAUAGUGAACCUGAUAUAAUUGAUGGUGUGGGUGCUGAAACAGGGCAUGUUAUACGGACCACGAUUGGUGGUCGAAAUGGUCAGACUAAGCAGGUUGUUAGUUACAUAGCAGAACAUGUUGUUGGAACUGGCUCAUUUGGAGUAGUAUUUCAAGCUAAAUGCAGAGAGACUGGAGAAAUAGUUGCUAUCAAGAAGGUUCUCCAGGACAAACGUUACAAGAAUAGAGAGUUGCAGAUAGUGCAAAUGUUGGACCAUCCAAAUAUUGUGGCACUAAGGCAUUCAUUUUUCUCAAAAACUGAAAAAGAAGAGUUAUACCUUAACCUUGUUCUGGAAUACGUUCCUGAAACUGUUAAUCGCAUGGCACGACAAUACAGCAGGAUGAAUCAGCGAAUGCCAUUGAUAUAUGUUAAACUUUAUACAUAUCAGAUCUGCCGAGCACUUGCUUACAUACAUAAUUGUAUUGGAAUUUGCCACCGUGACAUCAAACCUCAGAAUUUACUUGUCAAUCCACAUACUCACCAGCUGAAACUGUGUGAUUUUGGGAGUGCCAAAGUUUUGGUUAAAGGGGAACCCAAUGUAUCCUACAUUUGUUCUAGAUACUACCGUGCUCCUGAACUCAUUUUCGGUGCCACUGAAUAUACAACCGCAAUUGAUAUAUGGUCAACUGGUUGCGUUAUGGCUGAAUUACUUCUUGGGCAGCCCUUGUUUCCGGGGGAGAGUGGAGUUGAUCAACUUGUUGAAAUUAUUAAGGUUUUGGGAACACCUACAAGAGAGGAGAUUAAAUGCAUGAACCCAAACUAUACUGAGUUCAAAUUUCCACAGAUCAAGCCCCAUCCUUGGCACAAGGUAUUCCAGAAGCGUCUACCUCCUGAAGCUGUGGACUUGGUGUGCCGGUUUUUCCAGUACUCACCAAAUUUGAGAUGCACAGCUUUAGAAGCUUGUAUUCAUCCUUUCUUUGACGAACUGAGGGACCCCAAUACCCGACUCCCUAAUGGCCGCCCACUUCCUCCACUCUUUAAUUUUAAACCUCAAGAGCUUUCUGGUAUACCUCCAGAGACUAUCCACCGCCUAAUUCCCGAGCAUGCUAGGAGGCAGAACUUGUUCAUGGCUUUCCACUCUUAGCCCUCUGUGCCAGGACGGUUAUGUGCGGCUUUCUCUUGUUGUACCCUACAUUUUUACUGUUGUACACCGUCUGCGCCUCUUGUCUGUCUAAGUGGCUUCAAGUUUACCGGAAUUGUUUGUAGAUGAGACAACUUUUAGCUUUGAUGAAUCGUGUGCCAUCACUAUUAAACCCAUCGGAAAAAAUGAGUGCAUAUUUAUCAAGGAGGCUUUAUGUGUCAAGAGACUAAAGAAUGCUUUUAGGAUUAAGUGGAAAUGAAUGCGUGCGUAUAGAUCAGUUUUUGUACCACAUACUUAUAUGUAAAUGGUUUCAUCACAGUUUGCAUCGCCAAAUGCCUAUCUAUAUAUGUCGCCUUUGGAGAAAUGCUUAGAUGUAAUUUGUAUCACUUGCUUCUUCUAUCUUUUUGUGUUUCUUUUUUUCUUUUCUUUCUGGAAAUUUGAUCUCUUU